CGCGGUGCGACGUCGUUUGCGGAUUCAGCUGCUGCAGCCUUACACUUGCCUACCAGUUAGACACUUGACAGUUGAAAGAAGCUUAUCCUUCUUCCUUCUCCCUCCAUUUUCGAUAAAAAAACCCUAACUUCAUAUGAUAGGAAUGGCGCUGCACCCUCUCAACCUCCGGCUCUCGUUUACUCCCUCGGUCUCCAAAUUCGCAGACGUCCAGUGCCCAACACUUCAUCUCGGCCAUCGGUCUUCGCACGUCGUGCGCCGCCCUUUAUCUUCUUCUGCUAAUGGAAUGCCAUCGGUUCACUGUGAUGAGGAAGAGUCGGUGGAGCUGCCUGCGGGGCUGCGGAGAGAGUUGAUGCCGGGGCACGUAGCUGUAAUCAUGGAUGGGAACAGGAGAUGGGCCCGAACGAAGGAUUUGCCGGUGCAGUUGGGGUACGAGGCGGGAUUUCGAGCCUUUAGGAGGCUCGUGGAGCUGUGUUGCAGGUGGGGAAUCAAGGUUCUGACUGUGUUUGCUUUCUCAUCUGAUAAUUGGGUACGCCCUAAGGUGGAGACGGAUUUCUUGAUGGCACUGUUUGAAAGAGGAUUGAAAGAUGAAGCACAACAUCUAAUGGGUGCCGGUGUUCGGAUAUCACUUAUUGGGGAUUCAUCUAAGCUAUUGAAGUCAUUACAAAACAUGACAGCGAAUGCUACGGAAGCUUCUGUGAAUAACCCAAAACUUCACCUGAUUCUUGCAGUUGAUUACAGUGGUCAGAGUGACAUUGUGCAAGCUUGCCAAAAACUUGCUGUCAAAGUGAAGGAUGGCCUUAUCAAACCGGAGGAUAUCAACAAGCUUUCAGUAGAAAGGGAACUUGAAACAAAUUGUACAGAUAUUCCAUCCCCUGACUUGCUAAUAAGGACUAGUGGAGAGCAAAGAAUCAGCAACUUCUUAUUAUGGCAGCUUGCUUACUCAGAACUGCAUUUUGCAAACUCACUUUGGCCUGAUUUCGGCGAAAGUGACUUUCGAGAGGCGCUAAUUUCCUUCCAACAAAGGCAGAGACGAUAUGGAGGAAGAAAGUUUUAACUUACCUUUGGGUGGGGAUCUUAUUUGGUGCACUCAAUUCCUGUAGAAGCAGUUUGGCAGGGAACAUUUUUGGUUUCAUUUCAACAUUGUUGCAAAAGAGAAGUUAUUUCUUGGAUAGCAGAAACA